AUGCCCAGUAAAACUCAAACGCCGCAAAGGGACUGUCCAAGUAAGCCUGAUCCUUUGGCGCGAGACCAGCAGACGGAUAUUGGGCCUGCAAGUGCUGAAGCUCAUUCACCUGAAAAUGAAAAUUUUCUAAUACCUGUUUCCGCUCAUCUUUUUUCUAAAAAACAACUCUCGGAGAAAUAUGGAGUUCCUCGUUCAAUAGGCAUCACGGAUUAUUGGAUUCCUAUUUGGGGGCCCAAAAUGAGUCCGCCAGUUCACGCAAGAAAUGCUGCAAAUACCCUCGGGCUUCAGGCAGCCGGCUCACCCAUGACGAACAUUUCCAGGGCGCCCGAUUCGGUGGCUUGA